AUGUGGUCCAGUGUAUUGGUACAGGACAAGAUGGACUACAACUUCGUAGUGAUGUUGAUUCGUUUGGUCGGACUUGCAUUAGAGCUUGUGAAGCGGCCAAAAGUUGCAUUCUUCCUCAACUUCGCCAUGAAAGUGUUGAAUUUACCCGGCAUGCAUCGCAGUUUAUUGGUUGUGUAA